AAGGAUGUUUGGAACUUUCUUCUUAUGCUUUAAGAGCAGAAUUAGAAUCUAUUUUUCAGAAAUUACAGGCUCAAAAAAGCAGGCUUUGAGUUCAGCAUAAUGGCAGGCCGAAUCGGCUGGAAUAGGAACGCUCAGUCCAAAUAUCAUCGUGCCGUGGGAAUCUCUCAUCAAAGCACCACCUGAGGAUUUUUCCGAUGGAAUGGAAUUAGACGGCCCAUUCUAACGUAGAACAUUGACGGAAAUCUGGUAGCAAACUUAGACUAUAGAUGCGCAGAAGAACACAGAUGCAAGGAGGCAAAGGUUGUUUCGCCGAAAGAAGACCACUCAACUUGUGGGUGAUGAUUGUAGUGCUGGGAUGUGAUGUUUGUUGGAUUCGGGUUGACCCGUAUCAGAGUGAAAACCUCAAGGAAUUACUCAAAUGGACACCUGCGGUAUUGACAGUGUGAAUUAAAAAUGACUCACAGGAAACUCCCAAAACUAUUACCAAAAGCGGUGGCGGCGGCAGUCAUCGUCCCCGCGUCUCUCAACCCAACCGCGGCGUCUAACCUUCCGCUAUCGGUUCUCGACUCCACCAUCGGCACUCUUCCAGCAGCCACACAAACGCAGUUAACCCGACUUGUACAGACUCACUUAAAACCUUCCUUCACUCCCAAAGACCUUCUUUCCUUUCUCAGGAAACAUAUCCACUAUCACCCCACACUCACCCACCUUGACUUUCACCUCUUCCGAUAUGCCGCUUCCGUCGACUCUUUCCGCCACGACCACUCCACCUUCGAAUGGAUGUGCCGUACGCUCGCCAUCUCCAACCGCCUCGACUCCCUCUCACCCCUCCUCCAAUUCAUUGCCGCUAACCCUUGCCCAUGUGCCGACGGUAUCUUCUCUUGCCCUAGAACCGAACCAAUCUUCCGUUUCGCAAUCAAUGCGUUCUGCAAAUCCGGCAGAUUCGAUGACGCUCUGCUUGCAUUUGAUACUAUGAAGCGGUUGAUUGACGGUAAGCCUGAAGCAGCCAUGUAUAACAUAAUUAUUCACGGAUUUGUUAAAUUUAGGAAUUAUGAUAAGGCUCUUGGAUUUUAUGAUAGAAUGAUCAAUGAUCGCGUUAAGCCCGAUAUAAUUACGUUUAACACCUUAAUUAGUGGGCACUGUAGAAAUGCCCAACUCGGAUUGGCUUUGCAGAUGUUUAAGGAGAUGAAAAACCACAGGUGUGUACCAAAUGUGGUUACUUUUAACACUUUGAUUAAGAGGUUUCUAAUAGAAGGCGAGAUUGAGGAGGGAAUUGGGAUGGCCUAUGAGAUGGUUGAAUUAGGGCAUGGGAUAUCAAGCGUGACUUGUGACAUUUUGGUUAAUGAGCUUUGUAGAAUGGGGAUGUUGACAAACGCUUGCAGUGUCUUGAUUGAUUUUUCCAGAAAAGGCGUAAUGCCAAAUGGGUUUGAUUACUUUGACAUAGUAGAGAGGUUGUGUAGUGAGGGGAAUGUGGGGAGAGCAGUAGAGUUGGUUAAUGAGCUGUGGAGCCGGGGAAAUGCUCCAAGCCCAGUAGCUUGUACGACCUUGAUUGAAGGAUUAAGAAAAGAAAGGCGGAUUGAAGAAGCAUAUAUGUUUUUAAAAGAUAUGCUUAAUGAAUGUAUAGUUCCCGAUGGUGUGACAUUUAACUGCUUACUUAGUAGUAUGUGUAGUGCAGGGAAAUCAUGUGAAGCUAAUGAGUUGAGGCUCCUGGCUUCCAGUAAGGGAUUACAGCUUGAUGCAAUGGCAUAUAGCAUUUUGAUAUCUGGGUUUACAAUGGAGGGUAAAAGGAAAGAGGGGGAAAUUUUGCUGGAUGAGAUGCUGGAUAUUGGGUUUAUACCAGAUAUUUUUACUUAUAACAGGUUUAAGGAUGAACUUGGAAAGGUGUAGAGUUUGAAUGAAUGACAACUAUAUGAGAACUAGAAAGUUAUGAAAUGUCUGAAUUCCUUACUACAGUAGCAUUAUACUUCUUUUCAAGUUAUGAGACCAGGUGUCACACUUGGAGUUAACAAACUGAAGUUCUGGGGAUUGGGAUAGCAUUUUACUAAACUCUCGAAGAUAACAAAUUGAAGUUCUGAGACCAGGUGUCACGCUUGGAGUCUACUACUAGGUUGAUGGCAGCUAGGUGAUUUUGCUUCUGCUUGAAAUGAGUUUUACCUGACUAAAAAUCAUCCCUUCACGGCUAUAUAUGCAUAUUGUUUGGACCCUUGGAGUGAGGACAAAUUCACAUACGAAGCACACAAAAAACAGUGCGCUCGAAGCUGGAAGUAGUUACUUUACGGUCUCUUGGAAUGUAUCCUGGCCUUGGCAUUUUAUUCAUUCUGUUCUAAUGUAAAUGUCAUCAUUUAGUUAAAUUAGCUUGUUUUGUUACGCGUAUUGUCAAUGUCAAUUUUGCUCUUCGAUAUCAAGAAAUGUAUAUAUUGUUAUGUUGAAAACUUUAUA